CUUGGCUAAGCGGACUGUCCUCCCUGGCCUGGCGAACAGGCGGGCGUGGGGGGCGCGGCCGGGAGGCCAGCGAGGGCUACGCUAGGUGCGACCCCCCUCUGGGCUGUCCCCAUGCUGGGGGCGCCUGGGCAGCCCCGCCGAGUGCAGCUCUCAUCAAACUUUAUUUUGAAAGCUCUUCUCCGUUGGGGAGGCCCCACCGACCUUCAGUGAGGGGUGUGUGGGAAUUUGGUUGAAACUCUUCCAGGCCCGUGGGGGUGGGACAGAGGACGACUUUUUUAUGUCAUCUUGACCACCUUCUUCAAUUCAUGGUCGACGUGCCCUUAAUAACCCAUUGGGACCUCAGCCUCCUCCCUCAGGCAGGGAGUGGGUGCUAUUGUGUCCUGCCAAGGGGUUCUGAACAGAACUUCAUUGAACAAGCCCCUUUGCUUCCCCCAUUUUCUCUUUUCCUAGCAGCAGGAAGAGGUUAACACGUGAAAGUUGUCCCUGAGCCCUGAGUGAUGUGCUUCCCCUUUCUGUCUCUUUCAGGCAGCGUUGCCUUCAUCAUCCUGACUUGGGAGAAGAAAUAUCAGGAGAAACCCCUCACCCUGCUCUGUCCCCAUCACACACCUGCUCACCUCAUGCCUGGGUCCAGGGUGGGUGAGGGUGAAGAGCCCACCCAGUCAAGAUGAUCCUUUCUCUGGGUUCUGCUGCUGCUGUCGUCCCCCAGACCCUGGGCCCCAGCAAGUGGGAGUGUGGCCCCCAACUGAGCCCUAUCAGACUGCUGCAGAGGAGGUGAAGAGGUGCCCACCCCAGAGACUGGAGCUACUUGCCUUCACCUUGUAGACUCUUGACUGUUUUAGGAAAGAAGGACCUGUCCGGUGGCCUUUGUAGCAGGCAGGAAGCUAGACUGUGGCUCAGCCCUGGCACCUAUGCCCCCACUUCUGGUAGCGUCAUGAGUCAGUUUCAGGUGCCCCUGGCAGUCCAGCCGGACCUGCCAGGCCUUUAUGACUUCCCUCAGGGCCAAGUAAUGGUAGGGGGCUUCCAGGAGUCCGGGCUCCCGAUGCCUGGGAGUGAACCUCAAUUCCGAGGGGGUGGAGAUGGGCGAAAGAAACGAAAACGGUGUGGUACUUGUGAGCCCUGCCGGCGGCUGGAGAACUGUGGGGCAUGCACCAGUUGUACCAACCGCCGCACACAUCAAAUCUGCAAACUGCGCAAGUGUGAGGUGCUGAAGAAGAAAGUGGGGCUUCUCAAGGAGGUGGAAAUAAAGGCUUGUGAAGGAGCCCCGCCGUGGGGACAAGGGGCUGCUGUCAAGACAGGCUCAGAGCUCAGCCCAGUUGAUGGACCUGUUCCAGGUCAGAUGGACUCAGGGCCAGUGUACCAUGGGGACUCAAGGCAGCUAAGCACCUCAGGGGCGCCGGUCAAUGGUGCUAGAGAACCCGCUGGACCCAGCCUGCUGGGGGCUGGGGGUCCUUGGCGAGUAGACCAGAAGCCCGACUGGGACGCUGCCCCAGGCCCAGCUCACAGUGCUCGCCUGGAAGAUGCCCACGAUCUGGUGGCCUUUUCGGCCGUGGCCGAAGCUGUGUCCUCUUACGGGGCCCUUAGCACCCGGCUCUAUGAAACCUUCAACCGUGAGAUGAAUCGCGAGGCUGGGAACAACAGCAGGGGACCCCCAUCAGGGCCUGAGAGCUGCUCUGCUGACAGCGAAGACCUUGACACGCUGCAGACGGCCCUGGCCCUCGCUCGGCAUGGCAUGAAACCACCCAACUGCAACUGCGAUGGCCCGGAAUGCCCUGACUACCUCGAGUGGCUGGAGGGGAAGAUCAAGUCUGUGGUCGUGGAGGGAGGGGAGCAACGGCCCAGGCUCCCAGGGACUCUGCCUCCUAGUGAGGCUGGCCUCCCAACACCAAGCACCAGGCCGCUCCUCAGCUCUGAAGUCCCCCAGAUACCUCCCCCUCCCCCUCCCCCACCCCCUCCCCCUCCCCCAGAUGGCCUGCCUCUGUCCCAGAAUGCCCUGAGUAUCGCCAAGGAAAAAAACAUCAGCCUGCAGACCGCCAUCGCCAUCGAAGCCCUCACACAGCUCUCCUCUGCCCUGCCCCAGCCUUCUCACUCCACCUCCCAGGCUUCUUGCCCCCUUCCUGAGGCCUUGUCCCCUCCUGCCCCUUUCAGAUCUCCCCAGUCCUACCUCCGGGCCCCCUCAUGGCCUGUGGUCCCCCCUGAAGAGCCCCCAUCGUUUGUUCCUGAUAGCCCUGCCUUCCCCCCAGCCACGCCUAGAACAGAGUUUCCUGAAGCCUGGGGCACUGACACCCCACCAGCAACUCCCCGGAGCUCUUGGCCCGUGCCCCGCCCAAGCCCAGACCCCAUGGCCGAACUGGAGCAGUUGUUAGGCAAUGCCAGUGAUUACAUCCAGUCAGUAUUCAAGCGGCCCGAGUCCCUGCCCAGCAAGCCCAAAGUCAAGGUUGAGGCACCUUCUUCCUCCCCAGCCCCAUCCCCCAUCCUCCAGAGGGAGGCUUCCACACCAUCCUUGGAGCCCAGCACCCACCAGAAGGCCCAGGCCGCCCUGCAGCAGCACCUCCACCACAAGCGCAGUCUCUUCCUGGACCAGGCCCACGAUGCCUCCUUCCCUGGUCCCACGGAGCCUCCUGCUCCCGGCUGGUGGGCACCAUCAAGCUCACCUGUCCCUCGGCCUCCGGACAGACCGCCCAAGGAGAAGAAGAAGAAGCCCCUGACACCAGCUGGAGGUCUCCUGGCAGCAGAGAAAGCCACUCCUGGGAUCAAGCCCACUGUCCGGAAGCCCAUUCAGAUCAAGAAGUCCAGGCCACGGGAAGCACAGCCUCUCUUCCCACCUCUCCGGCAAAUCGUCCUAGAAGGGCUGAGGCCCCCAGCCACCGAGGAUGCGCAGGCACAUCCACCUGCCCCUGUCCCUGCCUCACAGGGCUCUGCUGUCCCCCUGCCCCCAGAACCUUCUCUUGCGCUAUUUGCACCUAGUCCCUCCGGGGACAGCCUGCUGCCCCCUACUCAGGAAAUGAGGUCCCCCAGCCCCAUGGCAACCCUGCAGCCAGGCUCUGCUGGCCCUCUUCCCCCUGCCGAUGACAAGCUGGAAGAGCUCAUCCGGCAAUUUGAAGCCGAAUUUGGGGAUAGCUUUGGGCUUCCUGGCCCCCCGUCUGUGCCCAUUCAGGACCCUGAGAGCCAGCCAACGUGUCUCCCAGCCCCCGAGAGCCCUUUCGCUACCCGCUCCCCCAAGCAGAUCAAGAUCGAGUCUUCAGGAGCCGUGACUGUGCUCUCAACCACUUGCUUCCAUUCAGAGGAGGGAGGCCAGGAGGCCACGCCCACCAAGGCUGAGAACCCACUCACACCCACCCUCAGUGGUUUUCUGGAGUCACCUCUUAAGUACCUGGACACACCCACCAAGAGUCUGCUGGACACACCCGCCAAGAGAGCCCAGGCCGAGUUCCCCACCUGCGAUUGCGUCGAACAAAUAGUGGAGAAAGAUGAAGGUCCGUAUUACACCCACCUGGGAUCUGGCCCCACGGUAGCCUCUAUCCGGGAACUCAUGGAGGAGCGGUAUGGAGAGAAGGGGAAAGCCAUCCGGAUCGAGAAGGUCAUCUACACCGGGAAGGAGGGGAAGAGCUCACGCGGCUGCCCCAUCGCCAAGUGGGUGAUCCGCAGGCACACACUGGAGGAGAAGCUGCUCUGCCUGGUGCGGCACCGGGCAGGCCACCAUUGCCAGAACGCCGUGAUUGUCAUCCUCAUCCUGGCCUGGGAGGGCAUCCCCCGCAGCCUCGGAGACACCCUGUACCAGGAGCUCACCGACACCCUCCGGAAGUACGGGAACCCUACCAGCCGGAGAUGUGGCCUCAAUGACGACCGGACCUGUGCUUGCCAAGGCAAAGACCCCAACACCUGUGGUGCCUCCUUCUCCUUUGGCUGUUCCUGGAGCAUGUACUUCAACGGCUGCAAAUACGCUCGGAGCAAGACACCUCGCAAGUUCCGCCUCGCAGGGGACAACCCUAAAGAGGAAGAAGUGCUCCGGAAGAGUUUCCAGGACCUGGCCACCGAAGUCGCUCCCUUGUACAAGCGGCUGGCCCCGCAGGCCUACCAGAACCAGGUGACCAAUGAGGAAAUAGCGAUCGACUGCCGUCUGGGGCUAAAGGAAGGGAGGCCCUUCUCGGGGGUCACAGCCUGCAUGGACUUCUGUGCCCACGCCCACAAGGACCAGCAUAACCUCUACAAUGGCUGCACAGUGGUCUGCACCCUGACCAAGGAAGACAAUCGCUGCGUGGGCAAGAUCCCUGAGGACGAGCAGUUGCACGUGCUGCCCCUGUACAAGAUGGCCACCACGGAUGAGUUUGGCAGUGAGGAGAACCAGAACGCCAAGGUGGGCAGCGGGGCCAUCCAGGUGCUCACUGCCUUCCCCCGCGAGGUCCGGCGCCUGCCGGAACCCGCCAAGUCCUGCCGCCAGCGGCAGCUGGAAGCCAGGAGGGCAGCGGCUGAGAAGAAGAAGAUUCAAAAGGAGAAGCUAAGCACCCCAGAGAAGAUCAAGCAGGAGGCCCUGGAGCUCGCUGGCAUCUCCACUGACUCAGGCCUGUCUCUGAAGGGUGGAUUGUCCCAGCAGAGCCUGAAGCCCUCUCUCAAGGUGGAGCCACAGAACCACUUCAGCUCCUUCAAGUACAGCAGCAACACGGUGGUGGAGAGCUACUCGGUGCUGGGCAGCUGCCGGCCUUCCGACCCGUACAGCAUGAACAGCGUGUACUCCUACCACUCCUACUAUGCACAGCCCAGCCUGGCCUCCGUCAAUGGCUUCCACUCCAAGUACGCUCUUCCGUCAUUCAGCUACUACAGCUUUCCAUCCAGCAACCCCGUCUUCCCCUCUCAGUUCCUGGGGCCUGGCACCUGGGGGCACAGUGGCAGCAGCUGCAGUUUUGAGAAGAAACCAGACCUCCAUGCUCUGCACAACAGCCUGAGCCCGGCCUACGGUGGUGCUGAGUUUGCCGAGCUGCCUGGCCAGGCUGUUCCCACGGACACCCACCACCCCACUCCUCACCACCAGCAGCCUGCUUACCCAGGCCCCAAGGAGUAUCUGCUUCCCAAGGUCCCCCAGAUCCACCCAGCAUCCAGGGACCCCUCUCCCUUUGCACAGAGCUCCAACUGCUACAACAGAUCCAUCAAACAAGAGCCAGUAGACCCACUGGCCCAGGCUGAAUCUAUAACGAGAGACCCUGGUAAGAUGGGCAAAACACCUUUGCCCGAGGCAUCUCAGAAUGGGGGACACAAUCAUCUAUGGGGACAGUACUCAGGUGGCCCAAGCAUGUCCCCCAAGAGGACUAACAGUGUGGGUGGCAGCUGGGGUGUGUUCCCUCCAGGGGAGAGCCCUGCCAUCGUCCCCGAUAAGAUCGGUUCUUUUGGAGCUGGCUGCCUGACUCCUUCCCCCUUCCCCGAUGGCCAGUGGGGGCUGUUCCCCGGUGAGGGGCAGCAGCCGGCUUCCCAGCCUGGAGGACGGCUUCGAAGCAAACCGUGGAGCCCCUGCAAGUUUGGGAACAGCACGUCAGCCUUGGCCGGGCCCAGCCUGGCUGAGAAGCCAUGGGGGGUGGGGGCGGGGGAUUUCAACUCUGCCCUGAAAGGUGGUCCUGGGUUCCAAGACAAGCUGUGGAGCCCCCUCAAAGGGGAGGAGGGACGGAUUUCAACCCCGGGGGCCAGCCAGCUGGACAAAGCCUGGCAGUCCUUUGGCAUACCCCUGGGCUCCAGUGAGAAGCUGUUCGGGGCCCUGAAGUCCGAGGAGAAGCUGUGGGAUCCCUUCAGCCUGGAGGAGGGGACAGCCGAGGAGCCCCCCAACAAGGGGCUGGUGAAGGAGGAAAAGGGUGGCGUGGAGGAGGAAGAGGAGGAGCUGUGGUCCGACAGUGAACACAACUUCCUAGACGAGAACAUCGGUGGCGUGGCUGUGGCCCCUGCCCACGGCUCCAUCCUCAUCGAGUGUGCCCGACGGGAGCUGCACGCCACCACCCCCCUCAAGAAGCCCAACCGCUGCCACCCCACCCGCAUCUCGCUGGUCUUCUACCAGCACAAGAACCUCAACCAGCCCAACCACGGGCUGGCCCUCUGGGAGGCCAAGAUGAAACAGCUGGCAGAGAGGGCGCGGCAGCGGCAGGAGGAGGCUGCCCGGCUGGGCCUGGGCCAGCAGGAGGCCAAGCUCUAUGGGAAGAAGCGCAAGUGGGGGGGUGCCGUGGUCACCGAGCCCCAGCAUAAGGAGAAGGGGCUUGUCCCUACCCGGCAGGCCCUGGCUGUGCCCACAGACUCAGCGGUCACCGUGUCCUCCUACGCCUACACGAAGGUCACUGGUCCCUACAGCCGCUGGAUCUAGGUGCCAGGGUGCCAGCGUACCUCAGCAUCGGGCCCGGCCCGAGCUGCCUCUGUGGUGCUUUUGCCCUCACACCUGGGGGCGGGUUGGGGGUGCAGAAGUCUUUUUAUCUAUAUAUACAUAUAUAGAUACGCAUAUAUAUGUAUUUAUGGUCCAAACCUCAGAACUGACCCGCCCCUCCCUUCCCCCACUUCCCCAGCACUUUGAAGAAGAAGCUACGGCUGUCGGGUGAUUUUUUUCGGGAAUUUAAUAUUUAUAUCUCCACAUUGGCUUUUUCCCCCCUUGUUAGGGGGGACUUUUAUUUUCUCUUGUUUUUAAAACUCUAUCCUUGUAUAUCACAAUAAUGGAAAGAAAGUUUAUAGUGUCCUUUCACAAAGGAGUAGUUUUAAAUUCCAUUUAAAAAUGUGUAUUUAUUGGAUUUUUUAAAAGCGACAAUAGUAAUGGUAAAGGAUGGUCAGGAUAGGCCGGAAGUGCUCAUUCCUGCCCAGUCUGGCUGGGCCCGGCGAGCCUGGCCCUCUUGGGAGCUGACGAGGUUCUCUCAGCCACCUGCCCCUCAUGAGCCAAGUGCAGAUUGUAGCUACCCAGUCCAUCCCUCUGGACAGAUAUGCCCUCCCUUCAGGGGAGGGAGCCCUCAGGACGGCUUCUGUCCUCUCCAGUAGGAUGGAAGAAUCUGUAGAAAAACAUCUGGGGUCCCUUUUCCAGGCACCGGCUUGGUGUUGUGGGGAGGGGGCAGGUGCACCCCAGGCCAGGCACCUGAGAGGCUGACGUAGAUUUCCCCAGAAACCAGGUUGGAAGUAGACAGCUUCAAGCUUGCUAGUCUCCACACUGAAUCCUCUCUGUCUGUUAUUUAUCAAGUCAUGUGAUGUCACGGUUUCCUAGGCAGCACCUUGUGAUGGAGCUGGAGUUGAGAGGCUCUUAGGAGCCUUUUUCCACCAAGUCAACAAGCCAAUGAGUAAUACUGGGCUGAAGGAAUUUGUCUUAUUGGCAGUUUUUUAAAAAUGCCCCAAAGUCCAUGCUGAUACUGAAAAAAGGGCUACUGUAUCUUUAAAAACAAGAAGCUGAACCCAAGCUGUGAAAAGCCAGCACUGCCUGUGUGUGCAGCGCUGUGCAGAGCCUGGUGCUGUAGUAUUGUGCUGGGAUUUCCUUGGCUUAAGGGCAGGGCUCAUCCUGCAGGAGCUCAGCACACCAGUGUAACAGCAGUUAACGCAUCUCUCCUUAUUCCUGGAUUUUCCCAUUGGAUAAUGGUGCAUGCCUCACCCCCGAACCCACCCCCUCCAUGCUAUCACUUGGGGGACAGACCUACACUUAACAAUUUUAAAAUGCAAGAGGCAAACGUUUUCAGCUGGUAGCUAUGAUUUUCCUCCCUAAUUGGUGCCAUUUCUCUAUUCGGUCAUUUUCUCCUUCCUCCCCUCUUCACCCACUUCAACACACGCGUUCAAAAAUUCUGGUGCAUUCGUUCAGUUCUUUGAAAUAAGAAUGUGGUGCUUAAUUUUCACAACAUUGUUGAGAGAGCUUGGGCCUGACAGGUGGAAGCAGCAUUCAUGGACAGCAAGUCACACUUCUUGGCGUGUUUGUUUUUCCUGUGGCGUUAGCAGCAAUGAUGUCAGUGUGGGUGCGUGGUGAGUGGGAGGCUUCAUCAGGACACACGGAGGGGGACGUGGCCACUCAGUGAAUGACCGCUGAGCCCUGAGAUAAACGUCAGAGAUUUAUGGAGCAGUUUUAUUCAGAUGUGGGUCUUCCUGAAACGAGUUUAACAAUCAGAUGACGAUGCUGAAGGCAAGUUCCUGAGCUUCCAGGUGCCUUGUGUAGGAGCUGAGAGCCGCCCGCCGGGUGUUUACUGCAGCGGCCCAGAAGCACUGGCAGAGGGUCGCUGUGAGAGUCCUGAGCAUGUGUGUGGUCUGGUUUUAACUGUAAAUAGGGAAAGAUUUUUUUAAGCACUUUUGCCUAGAUUUAAACAGCAACUUGAAAAAAAUAAAGUAUGUUUUAACAUGUAAUUGUGGGAGAAAUUGUAAAUAGUAGCUGAAUAUUUAACGUGCUUUGUCUAUCCUUCACUUUUACCAUAUUCUGUAAAGUUGCAUUUAUUUUACAGGACAAAAAUGAAAUAUUAUUGCUUUUGAAAUAAAUACCCAAGAGCUUAUCAGGAUUUAGAAUUAUUCAGAACUCAGAAUUAUAGGAAAACCUCUGACCUUCAGUGUGACAAGCUAAAGGAAGCAGAGCCUUUAAUGAGCAUGCUAAUUUUCUAGUUUUGAGGAGAAGUUGGGUCCUUUAAAUGCUAUUUUGCUUAUCGCAUCAGUACUUUUAUGCAGGUCUCAUUUGACUCCGUGCUUAGGUAGAUACGGGGGUGCCUUGAAAACUUCAUUUUAAAUGAUUUUAAGCAAGAGAUACAAUAUUUUACGAAACAUUUGGAGAAUGUGACCGUCUGUAUGGCGCGGGAAAGCCCCAGGUUGGCUGUUGGUUUGGAAGGUCCCGAGUGUAACCCAGGCGAUUCUGAUACUUGGCAUGUGUGAGUCUUCCUGAUGUAUGGUAGCUAUGCUCUUUCCCUCGUCGCCCUCUGGUAGCAAAGCCAUUAGAUGAAAAGAGAAUCCAAUACAAGCUCAAAGCAUGUGGUAUCUCCCCUCCCCCCCCGACCCCACGCUCAAACAGCCUUUGGUGCAUAAAUUUCUUUCUAGAUUAGCAAACAGGCUGCUGAGAGGUGAGUCAGAGGCAGUCUCCAUGGGUCCCCAGCCCCUCAGAAUGGUGUUCCAGAAAUGAGGUGGUGCUGUUGCCACGCUCAAGCCCAUGCUGAUUUGUACACACUACACGUAUAACCUACCUCAAAUCUCAGUCAUUAAAAUUAGCAUGCUUUAGACAUAUAUUUGAAAAGUAACUAUGCACAGCUCUUUAUUCCCCUCCUUGCUGCUGAAGGUUUCUUAAAGAGAAAAAAUCAAAUUUUUAUUUUUUACUGGCACUAUCAUUUUUUAAGUCCUAAAGAUGAUUAAGACAUUUUUAUCAUGAGAAGAAAAAUAAAGCCAUUGCAACUAAAGAACCUAACAGCAUGACCAAGUUUUAAGAGUAGUAUUAUAGCAACCGAAACAACUCGGAGUCUUCGAGUCAUCUCCCCAUGCGCCCAUCCGCAGACACCAUCCACAUGCAGCGCUGACGAUUGGUUCCUCUCGUUUUCUUUUGUUUCCACUGCCUUUUGCUUGCAAGGGAAGUGCUUGCAAAGUUCUGUGCUAAGAGAUUUUUAAAAUAAAAAGUGCUUCUUGGCAGGUUCUCACAAAAUAACUGGUGCUAGCUUAAGAAACCAUUAUCUAACCAUUGGAAAUCUUGACUAAAGGUGUUUCAUGGAUUUUUGAGGUGUUUUGUUUCCUUUGUCGUCCGGUCUGUUUUGGCAGGGCCUCAGUUUCCCUCUCACCGGCUCCGUGGGCACCGCUUUGCCUUCUCACCGAGAUGACACUGGCGUGCGUGCGUGAAAGGCGGUCAAACCCUGUCCCUCCAUGGUCCUUCCACCAGCCUCUUUUGGGUACCAUACUGUGCAGAGCAAGGGGUUUUCAGAGUGCUAGAGCAAGGAAAGGAGUAGCAGGGCUUCACCAUUUCGUACUUAGCCAUGGGAGGUGUGUGAGGAUGGACGCCUGACGGUGGGUCGCUGGUAACCUGACUUCACAGAGAGCCAUCCAGCCAGGCUUUGGGCCGGUUAGCCACCGCCAGGUCUCACACCCAGGCAAAGCUGGUGGGCAAUUAAAACAUCCCUGACGUGCCUCGACCAACCUCUUUCCUUUUGUUCCUGAAGUGUGUUUCAUGGACUAGGAAGCAUUUUCAUGAAUUGAAGCAGUCUAAAUCAAAUGGUGCUAUGGUGUUUUAAUGUGACUGUCCUUGAUCCUGUUCCUGCUGAGGUGCUAUUGAGGUUCUGAAACCACAACCAACCAAAAACAAGGUGGGCUCCAGUCUCUCUCGGCUUUUUCUCCCCUCCCUAUUUUGGUGCUGUCUCCUUAGACCCCUGUUUACCAUGCUGUCACCUGCUCUGAGCAGUAUUUCUGUUUUAUUGUUCCUGCCUUGGUGGCCAAACGCAGAAAGGCGAGCCACAGAGGCAGCUGGCUCCCUGAGUGCGAACGGGGGUGGGCUGCCCAGCUUGGCUGGUGCUCUAGUUUCCUAUCUGUCUUCUCAGGCCUAACGAGAAAGGAGGGGUGAAGGGCUUGCUUUUUUUUUUUUUUCUUUCUUUUUUCAAAGGAAGGGGAGUCAGGUUCUCCUGCCUUUUCUAACAUGGCAGGCAUUCUCAUAGCCAAGGGCACACGUUCUCUUGCAGCCCAGGGUGCCAAGUAGACCUCUCUGAGGGUCCCAAAGGUGCUCUGCACACCAAGGUGGACUACAGGAUCUGCCUCCUCACCCCACACUGGCCAGAGCCAUGGUGACGGUCUCCUUCCUUGGCUCCUCACAGCCUUUGCCCCAGUGUUGCUUCCACCCCUCAUUGGUAACCCCUCAUGUUCAAACUAAAGGAAGGAGCUUUCUUUGCUCCCUCAAUGCCACUGAGGCUGCUUUUUAGUUGGUGCUAUUCUAAAUUUCUUCUUGGGUCCACAAAAGUUGAUGUUUUAAGAACUCAACAGGAAGCUCCAUUUUGUGUCAUCCACUGUCACAAUAAUUUUUUUAAAUACCUCAAAAACAGGACAUCACGAUAACUUCAGUAAAGUAGAUUCUGUGAGGGUCUGAUACCUGCAGCUUGCCCAUUUGAUGAUGUAGUUGACCUUGAGGAAUCUGAGGUCACUUUAUUUUCCAUUCUUCAGCAAAUGGCAGACCAUCUUAAGGAAGGAGCAUGGUUGACUUUAUUUCAUUUUCUUCUUAAGUUUUGCUCUUCAAGAAAAUGUGAAUUUCCUGUGCCCAUCUCAUUGAGCUUUUGCAGUCAUUGUUGCUGUCAUUUGAAAUGACUCCCACAAAACCUAGUUUGAUUAGCCAGCGGCAUCUACAGUAGGACGUGGCUAAUUUCAACAUACCCUGGACCAAAAUGAACACUUCUUGAGGUGCGUACUCCCAGCAUAGGUUAUACAGUCCCACAUUCACACCUGCAAAGUUGUUUCCUGCGUGUGAGGCCGGCUUGGCACGCCCAGCCCCUCUUCCCGCAGAGCUGCCCGCUAGAGCAAAGCAAUAGGCUUCUCCCCUGAGCAGAGACUGCAGCACAGCAAUGCAAGUUCUAACGUUGCUUUUUGCCUAAGAAUCAGUGAGUGAUUUGGCCUACUUCCUCGCUUGCUUCUAUUCUGAUAUCAGGGAUGCUUUUUGUAGCGGUAUUAUUUGCUCUCUUUUCUCAUUUUGACUGCCCGUCAUUCAGGGAUAACUUGUCACUGUUCGCGUGGGGAUUUAAAAAAAUGCCAUUUGACUCAUUUGAACAUCUAAAUUUUCUUGGUUCCAAAAGUUUUUUUUUUCUUUUGAGGGGAAAAAGGAGGAGAAAAACAGGAGUGGUGUUGUUUCUUUUUCAUGUACUCCAAUUUAAAAAGAAACAAGGGCAGGCCAUAUUAUGGCAAAUAAUGCAUCAGAUUUAAUCUCAAACCCCUGUAGCUUUUUGAUGUGUUUUUUUUUCUUCUAUCUUUGAAUUCCUGUUUGGUUACUUGGCUUCCAAUGGAGGUGAACUUAACAACCAUACUUGAAUAUUCCGUCUUGACUUUGUAACUGUGGCUACUUGAAAUGAAGUUUAUCUGGGGUUGAUGGAUGAAUGGUAGAUUUUUGCAAUGUCUCAAGGCAAUAGGAUGUGUAUUAUUAAACUGUAGAUAUUCUUAGUACAGUAAAUUUAUGCUGAUAAUUUUAUUUUGUAUAAUUUUUACCUUUUUGUUAAUAUUUUUCUUCCCACUUUAUUGGUUUGCCUCCUGAGCUACGCCUCCUUACCCUCCCUUCUCCCCCAGUGUUUCAGUAAAUUUAAUUUAGGGUGCCUAGAAAUUGCAAGUAUGUAUCCUUUUUUUUGAUUUGUAUUUUAUUAUAAUUUACACAAACAACUGGGUUUGUGAACUGUAUUACUCCUGGUAUCUUUAAAAUAUUGUGGGUGUUUUAAUAAAUUUUAUAUUUAUUUUUUGCACUCAAA